GUCAGUUAGGUUAGGUUUUUUAAAUAAUUCAAUUUAUUUCGUACACUAUUUCUUAAAAAUUAAUAAAUUUAAUAAUGUGGUCGUUCUUCUCGCGUGAUCCCUCUAAAGAUUUUAACUUUGAAAUUGGUGAGUUAGUGCUAAGUUUGGAAGAUAAAAGUAUUUGGACACUUCAUAAGGGCAAGAAGAAGGGCAGUGGUGAAGAAGUUUCUGUUUUUGUAUUCGACUUGAAAACUAAUGCAGAGGUGCUGUUGGAAGUAGCUAAAUCAUCUGUCAAAAGGUUGAAAACUCUCAGACAUCCCAGUGUCCUUACUUAUUUGGAUAGUUUGGAAUCCGAGAAAGUUCUAUAUUUGGCAACUGAAUUUGUUGACCCUCUCAAGGAACACAUUGAAAAAUUAUGUUUAGAAGGUCCACAGAAAGAAAUGUAUAUUGCUUGGGGUAUAUUCCAAAUCACAAGAGCUCUAUCAUUUUUGAACAAUGAUGGCAACCUCCGUCACAAUAAUGUCAACAUUUGGUCUGUGUAUGUUAAUUCAUCUGGAGAAUGGAAACUUGGAGGAGUUGAAUAUGUUUCUAUGGCACAGGAUGCUACUCAAUUAUUCAAAGUCAUUUCCAGUCUAGAAGUGUAUGCUCCACCUGAAAAAACUGAUCCUAGUAAACAGCGGUCAGUCACUAAAUGUUCCAGUGACAUGUAUGGUUUAGGUUGCCUUAUAUGGGAAGUGUUCAAUGGACCCCUUAAUCAUCAGUCAUCUUUAAAAAGUAUAGAAAAAAUUCCUAAACAGCUAGGACCACUAUACUAUGAACUGGUCAGCACUAAUCCACAUUCUAGGCCUAAUCCAGCUGAUAUAAUAUCUAGAUGUCGUAAAUUGGGGGGUUAUUUUAAGAAUGAUCUAGUUGACACACUUCUUUUCUUGGAAGAAAUUCAAAUCAAAGAUAAGAAUGAGAAAAAUCGAUUUUUCUCAAAUUUAACUCCACAUCUUGACAAUUUUCCAGAUAAUGUUUGCAAACAUAAAAUUUUACCACAGUUGAUAACAGCUUUUGAAUAUGGAGAUGCUGGAUCUGCUGUAUUAGCACCAAUGUUCAAGCUCGGAAGACUACUUGAUGAAGCAGAGUAUCAGAGAAAAAUUGUACCAUGUGUAGUCAAGUUAUUUGGAAGCAAUGAUAGAGCUACACGAUCUAGACUUCUACAACAGUUGGAACAUUUCAUUGGACAUUUACAAGCUAGUACAGUUAAUGAUCAAAUAUUUCCCCAAAUUGCUCAUGGUUUCAUGGACACUAAUCCUACAAUCAGAGAACAGACUGUGAAAUCUGUGAUACACCUAGCGCCUAAGUUAAGUUACAAUAAUCUAAAUGUAGAAGUUUUGAGGCACUUCGCACGAUUACAAUCAAAAGAUGACCAAGGAGGUAUAAGAACUAAUACGACUGUGUGCCUAGGCAAAAUUGCUCAACAUUUGCAUCCCCAGAUUCGACAAAAAGUACUCAUAUCUGCCUUCAUUAGGGCAAUGAGAGAUCCAUUUCCGCCAGCACGUAAUGCAGGUAUCCUGGCCUUGGCUGCAACUCAGCAGUAUUAUCUUUUAUCGGAAGUUUCAUCUAGAAUACUACCAGCAUUGUGUCAAUUAACAAUGGACCCGGAAAAAAACGUACGAGAUUCCGUUUUUCGUACAAUCAAAGGUUUCUUGGGUAAAUUAGAAAAAGUAUCUGAAGAUCCGAGCUUGAGAGAGAGUAUGGAGGCUGACGUGAAUACGGCAACCCCAAGUUUGAGUAACGCAGCCGCCACAUGGGCUGGAUGGGCUGUAACAGCCGUCACUGCCAAAUUUUACAGGAGCCAGUCUGAUACCGUCAGAUCAAUAAAUCCUAUCGCUAGUAAAAUACUGAGUAAACCUGGCUCUCUAGAGCAACCAUCUAGCAGCAGUAUAUCAACUACAACAUCUAGUGUCACAUCCAUGACCUCUUUAGAACAUGAAGAUGGAAGUCGAGGCAACGAAUCCGUCUCCGAUUAUGAUUACAACCAUUGGGACGAUAAUGAUAAUUGGGGGGAUAUGGAGACUGGUGGUCAGAUGGCCAGCAGUAGUGGUAGCGGUUGUCAAACUGGCACCAGCGAUCCAAUAAGUCCGCCAUCGGGCUCGGGCCCAACAACGAAAGUGACAGAUGGUUGGGAAAACGAGGAAUGGGGCAGCUUAGAUGAAGAACCUGAGGCAGAGGCAGAAUUAACAUCACCCUCAGAGGCAUGGAGCCCUUCUGAAAUCACCCCCAUCAUACCACCAGAAUCCAGGGCGAAUCACUGUCAGUCUAGUCUUAAUCAUAGAAAUCAACAGUCUUGGGAUGACCAUGAAAUUGAGACCUUGGAAGAACAUCCUGGUUCAAAUUAUCAAAAAUUGGAGGAAGCAAAAAAGAAGCGAGAAGAGAAGAAAUUGAUGAGACAAAAGGAGCUGGAAGCUAGGAGGGCUAGUAGAACGACAGGAGGACCAAUGAAAUUGGGCGCCAAAAAGUUAUAACUGAUCUAACUUGAUCAAUAUUGCGAGGGAAUGUAUAUAUUUUCUGGUAUCACAUAUUAACCAUAUUGAAAUGAAUUAUAUAAGUAUAUUUGAUGAUGAUUAUCG